AUUUGCUUUCCAAUUCUCUGACAUCCCAGCUGAUUUGUUAUUCAAAUUUUUGGUUUGUUUUUGUGUGUUUCUCCUGCCAGCUGUUUGCUAUAUACCUCUCAUAUGGUUCACUGAAUUCUGCCUUUGCAUGGUUGUGAAACCAUGCAUGCAGGUUCAUGUGGUGAACCCAUCCCCGAACCCGGGUUUUGUCUAGGUGUGUGUGUGUGUGUGCGCUGGCCUCGAGGGAAGAGGUAAUCUCCCUCGGCUAUAUAAAGGAAGUCAGGCAGAACCUCAACAGCACACUUCCAGAUCUUCAUCCACACUCCCACAUCAUCAUUUCUUCACUCAUCAUCAGCAGCCAUGCAUUUACUUCUCGCUCUGCUGGGAGCUGUGCUCUCCUCUCUGAUGGUUUCUUCUGAAGUCCAACCUCAGGCAGACUUCAAUGUACAGGCGAUGGCAGGUAAGUGGUACCUGAUUGGAAUUGCCACUGAUGCCCAGUGGUUUGUCAGUCACAGAGCCAGCAUGAAGAUGGGCACGGCCAUGAUUACCCCAACUGCUGACGGGGAUCUGGAGAUGUCAUAUUCCAGUCUUAGCCCUAAUGGCUCGUGUUGGAGAAUGAACAAUCUGGCCAAAAAAACUGAGAUACCGGGAAAGUUCACAUACACAAGUCGGCGCUGGGGGUAUCUCAGUGACUUGCGCAUGGUCGACGUGAAGUAUGACGAGUAUGCCCUGAUUCAUUCCAUCAAAACAAAGGGGAAAGAAAGCUAUGUUGUUAACAAACUAUAUGGGCGUGGUGUGGACCUCAGCGCUGAGGUGCAGGAGAAGUUCAUUCAGUUCUCCCUGCAAAGCAGCAUCCAGCCUGAAAAUAUUGUCAUCCUUCCCAAAAACGAGCAGUGCCCAGCUGCCUAACCUUGUGUCCAGGUGAUCAUCUCACCGAGGAGCUUUCACUGUUCUGAAAAUCUCACGUCGAUGACCUGAGACAGUUUGCUUUUUACUUUACUAUCUCUGCUCUUUCGUUAUUAAGAGAGCUCAUAAUAUCACAAAAUUCUAUUCAUCACUUUGCAUUUAUCCACCUGCUGUUAUAACCACAGAAUUAAAAAGUAUGAAAUGGCUAAAA